ACCAGAAUCUGCGAAACAUCGUCUCGUCAUACAUUGAGCAUAGCAACGAACCCAACAUAUCUCACUCAGGAUGGUCAAAUUCUAUCCAUCGCUCUCCACAGAGCUCAGCGACUGGUGCAUGUCGCAACCUCUCUUCUACAUCGCCUCCGCACCUCGCUAUGGCUCUCACAUCAACAUAUCGCCAAAAGGCCUUCCUUCAACAACCUUCUCUAUUCUUGGUCCUAAUACAGCUGCUUACAUCGAUGCCACUGGAUCUGGAGCCGAGACCAUUGCCCACCUCUACGAAAAUGGAAGAUGCACGAUUAUGUUUUGUUCAUUUGACAAAAGUCCGAGGAUCUUGAGACUGUUUUGCAAGGGUAGAGUUGUGGAGUUCUGGGAUGAAGAGUUUGGCAAUUUGACGAGGCAGAUGGGGAUGGAAGUGCCAGUUGGUGCGAGAGCGGUGAUUGUGUUGGAUAUAUUCAAGGUCCAAACAUCUUGCGGCUAUGGCGUACCUCUCCUCUCCGAGACCGACCAACAAAAAGGCCUACUCGACCGCGAAACACUAGGACACUGGGCCGGCAAAACCGUUUCUGACAACAAGAUGGUUGACUACCGAGCAAAGAACAACGCAUACAGUCUAGAUGAUCUCCCUGGCUUGAAAGCCGGAAGGAGAACAAGAGGCGAGUGGAUUUGGACAGGCGACGCACGAGCUUACUUGACAAGACUGUGGAAUCAGAUGGACGCCAUGGUGAUUGGAUUUGUGUUUGCAUUCUUGUUCAUUGAUGUCUUGUUCUUGUUCAAUAUUCGGAUUAAUGGAGUAUUUGCGGAUUGGAGGUGAUGAUGGUGUCAGUCAGUGAGGCAUCAGAAUUGCUACUGUGAGUCCGCAAUCAGCUUCGAGGAUAUCACUCAUUGAUUAGUCGUUUUCGAAAACAUCACAUUCUAGUUGGACAGUAUGGAAGAGUGAAAGAGAAUUUGUCUCAGAUGUGUUGCUGUCCAGCGUCCUUUCUUUGUUAUAGGAGUUGUUUACUUGUGC